GUCUUUAUUUAUAAUCUCAGUUUUUGUUGUUUUAUCUCCGUACACAGUGUGUAAAACGUUAUCAAUAUUGUUUUGUUUACACAACAAUUCGACCGACCGCCUAUAUGGCCACAAUCACAUUCCCUUAAAGAGUUUAAUUUGCUAAUAUGGAGAAGGACAUUGAUAGCAACCUGGAGGAGGGAGACCUCGUCGAGCUGCUGAAGGUGGAAGGCAGGUUGGUGAUGCACGCGCGGGCGCUGCGCUGGGCCGCGUGCCUGAUGGUGUUCGUGGGCGCCACGCUGUCGUUCUGCCUGCUGAUGCCGCCGGCGCGGCCGGCGCCUAAGGCCGCGCUCGUCUGCUACUACAACACGCCUCGCGACGUGCGCUCGCUGCAGCCCAGAGACAUACCACCAUACUUGUGCACACACAUCAAUGUAGCCUUCGCCAGUGUGCGCAAUAAAACCUUGCACUUGGACCCGCCGCAGUUGGCCACAAUACGCCAAGUAGUGUUGCUUAGAAAGUCUAACCCUAAACUGAAGGUGCUUGUCUCUGUAGGAGGCGCCGGUGAGAACGGUUUCGCCGACAUGGUGAUCAAUCACGCGUCUCGUAAGCAAUUCAUUCGAUCCAUCAAAAGCCUCCUCCAUAACUAUACCUUAGAUGGAAUAGAUCUGGACUGGGAGUUCCCAACCGGCAACCGGCAGCGGCAACACUUCUCCCAGCUGCUUCGGGAGAUCCGAAUGGAGUUUCUUAGAGAAAAACGAGAUUACUUACUGACAGUCGCGGUUGCAGCAGAGGAAACCAUAGCCGAUGCGUCAUAUGAUUAUGAUCAACUAAACUUGUACACUGACUUUCUGAAUGUUAUGACUUACGAUUUUCAUUUCUACACUAAAAUGACUCCAUUCACUGGCUUCAACUCCCCGCUGUAUUCUGAACCGGGGCAGCGGUUGUUCCUUUCCACACUGAAUGUAAACUACACAAUGCACAUGUACCUUGCUAAAGGGCUAGCACCAGGAAAGCUUGUAGUUGGGAUUCCUACAUAUGGGCACUCAUUUCAGCUGGUUAAUCCAGGUAACACAUUGCCGGGUAGUCCAGCAGCAGGCCCAGGCAGCUUAGGUACUGGUGGAUUUGUGUCAUAUCCAGAUGUGUGUCAGUUUGUGAAACAUCCGGGCGGAAAGCAGUCGCGAGAUGCUGCUGCGGCGGUGCCUUACGCGCACCGUGGGACGGAGUGGCUGUCAUAUGACGAUGGAGAAAGUGUAGCAAAGAAGGCUGAGUUCGCAGCGCAGUUGGGGCUCCGCGGCGCUAUGGUUUACUCGCUCGACUCUGAUGAUUACUCCAAUGUCUGUGGGCUGAAGGCUCUGCCACUCGUGUCCGCCGUCCGUCGCGCGCUGAAUGGUCCUCUGUUUUAAUACCUGUUUCUUCCUAGCCACGUAGGUGAUCUUGUACAUCGCGCUGGACUUCAUGGCGGAGUGCCGCGAGCCGCGUGGGCGCGCGGGUCGCGCCGAGCGAGCGCGGCGUGAGCAUUGUGCGGACUUAUUAACUUUUACGACGAAAAAAACAGAAUGCCGGCCUUACGAGUACUGUUCCGUUUACUGCAAGGUUUCCGCGCGAGCGCACGCGGCGCGACGCGCAUCGCCGCCAGCGUUAUGUUAAUCACUUAUAAUUAACUUGAGAAAUUAUGAAAACGUUAUGUAAUUAUUUUAUUAAUUUAUUUGUCGUUUUUGUAUAUGUUUGAUCUAUUCAUAGACAUGUAGUUUCGUGAUAUAAGGUAAAUUUGGGCAAAUGCCUCCACACAUGGAUAAAAGUUCACGUUGAGUGGACCUCUAACCUUGGCGGAAUAUUUGCAUCCUAACACGGCACGCGGCCACAUGGGGCAGCUACCCCAUGUAGGCACUCUCCCCAGCCAUAUUACAUAAUAAGAUAACCUUUCGUAAAGUCGAUAACCGGCCGAAUAUUUAAAACUAUGCAACGUUCUUUAGGUCUAGAAAGGUCCACUUUGAAACAGGUAACCCUAUUCUUAGAAAUAAUAACAGUUCUGCUGAAAUGCACAGCGAUGUGAUGCAUGACUUACCGCGUAGCGGGGAGUAUUGAGGCUGUGAUGUGCAAACAACAUGUUUAUUGUUUACUAUUUGGUUCGUGAUUCGUGUGAGAUCACGCUGUUGCGGGUCGCAAAUGAAUGCACUCCCACAAAUCACUAAAGUAAAUAAAGUAAUGUUAUUCCGUUAGCUAACGAAGGGCAUCACACUCUGACCAGUGAAUGUACAGCAAGUUGCACGAUUACAUGGACACAUUACGAAUGGAAUAUAUUCAUAAAGUGCCCAUACAUACACUUUUGCAUCAGCUCGCUGUACCAUCGAAUUGGUAAAAAACUUCAAUGCAAAGAAUACCAUGCCGCCGCCAUCUGUAUCGACGAUGCGUAAUCACUAGUCACAGCUCAUUUUUAUACUGGUUUGAUGUAGUGAUGAACUCUGCGAGUUAUCGUAAUAUCAACCUAAGGGGCCAAUUCGAAUCGUGAAAGUGUAAGGUGUCGCGUUACUGGCUGGUUUAAUAAGUGUUUGAGGAAAGCGGAUCGCUACGUUAUACCCACCAGUUUGAUAUCUCGAAUAGGCCCCCAGGUUAUUAAUUACUAUGUAUAGUUCGUGGCAUCCACGAUGACGCACAGAUUUGUCAAAUCUAACCUUUAAUAACAUGACAUUACGAGUCAAGGCCCGCGUCUUCGUGACACGAUCUAUAGUAGCAGAAACUACCAAUUUAGCAUUUAUUGUGAUGUAAAAUUUCUUAGAAAUUAUUACUUCUUAGUUUUGUAAACAAAUUUUAAUAACAAAGUGUAAUGUGUACAGACAUAGAGAAAUAAGACCUACUUAUUUAUCUAUGGUACAGGUGUGUCCUCACAACCGACCCGACGAUAGGAUGAGCCGAUUUUUAUUUUGAUGUCGUUUUGUUUUUCGUCAGAUUGCGAUAAAAUCUGGUAGAUACAUAGUUCACUUUUCUGUAAAAUAUAAGCGCAAUUUCACCGUAUGUUUUAAAAAUCUUCCCCUGAGUUACCAAAACGUAUGGUCAACGAAAAAUUUAAUUUUUUCGGAAGAAGUUUUGUUUUCGUAUUUAAUUCACCUAGUUUUGACCAAAUCUAAUGAUAAAUAAGGGUUCCUAGUUGACUACGGAACCCUAAAAGACUACCACAAAAUAAAAGUCGGCCCUUAUUAUACCGUGAUGUAUGGUUAAGAUUGGUCGGUUAUUCCAGCCUAACCUAACCUGUACAUUAGCUAUUAAAUUAUGCAUACCAAGCCCACAUAAAUCCGAUAUAUGUUGUAUAAUUGUAGAUGGAUGUGGUCGACAUUGGGCGCACCUCACACUUAAUCCGUGGGUGACGAUUGCAUCAUACAGAUAGUCGACACAACUGAUCAAUUAUAAAUUAAUAAGAGCUUUCAACGGUCAAGUGUUGCUAUAUAAUACUGCCUUGCAAAACUUUACAUUCUAAAUGACGCAUUUUCUAACUAUACUCUGCGAUUUUAUAAUUUUUUUUCUACAUAUUAGGAGCAUAACUAUAGGCCACUAUAGGGGGCAGCACAGGAUCCUGGCGCAAAGCUUCGAGCAACACCGGCUUCCGAGAGGGCGCAAAAUGCAAAUGUCAAGUUUAGGUUUCCGAUUUAGACCACAAGAUGGCAGAACCUACAACGUGCAAAGUAGUGCGUGCACGUGUCAAGUUUAAUCAGGCCCCAAAAGUUGCUAGACCCUCGAACGUGCACGGUCCUUAUUGUAAUUGUAUUUUUAAUGUUGAGGAUUAAGAUCAGUAAUUAUUAUCAUAUCAGUGAUAAUUAUCUGGUAUGAAAGUUAGAUACAUUCAAACUUUUAGAGAACUGUUAUGACUGUCUGAAGGUGUAUUUCAAUGAAAAUAGAUCUAAGUAUAUACAUUAUGUAAGUGUAAACCCAAAAUAUAUAUGUUACCAAUGUACAAAUUUAGAGUACCUAAUACCUAUAUUUAAAUGAGUAAUAUAAUGAAAUAAAUGUUGUUCUAUAAAAGAAAA